GUUCGUGGUCGACUUCGUCGUCGUGGCCAUUGACGCGAUGGUUAUUGCGCUGGAUGGGCUCCAGGCUGGCAGCGUGUCCAGCCCUAUGUUCCGCUCCGCGCGUCUCAUCCGGGCCCUCCGGAUGGUCCGCCUCGUGCGCCUUAUCCGCGUUGCGCGGCUGGAGCGGACGCUGACUCUGCUGGCGAAUCGGUUCUUAUCCACCUACUCGUUCAUGGUGAUGAAGGUUAUGGGCUAUCUCCUUCUUCUCCUGGCCGUCAACCAUGUAACAGCGUGCUGCUGGUAUGGUAUUGGCGUCUGGAGCGGGGAGCGCAACUGGAUGCAGCGGCUGGAGAUCGAGGAGACCAAUUUCUUGGACUCCUACGUAAGCGCCAUGCACUGGGCCCUGACGCAGUUCACGCCGUCCACAAACAACAUUGCACCAGACAAUCCUUGGGAGCGCUUCUUCGCGAUUUGGGUGAUUCUCCUGGCGAUGGGUGUCUUCUCCUCCUUCAUCGCCUCAAUCAGCUCGACGGUGAAUUCCAUGCGACUGGCAAGGGCGGAGGAGAUCAAGCAAAAGGCCGAUCUCAGGCAAUUCUUCAUGGACCGAAACCUCUCCGUCGAGCUCUUCGGCAAAGUCCAGGGCGUCCUGGCCAAGGAAGGACUCUUUGAGGUCCGAAAGCUGGAGAGUCAGGUUCAGCUGGUGGAGACGAUACCAGAGAGAUUCAAAGUACAACUUCACCGGGAGAUGUACAUGAGCUCCCUGACCAAGCUGGGCAUUUGGCCAAAGUGGGGGCACAAGGAGGAUGCCCAAUUCCUCCUCACCGUGUGCCACCACGGGAUGAAGGAGCACGUCUCCAUGCUGGGGCAAGAUGUUUUCAUGCCGGGUCGUGACUGUCGAGAGGUUUACAUCAUCGACAGCGGCUCCUUGGAGUAUUCGGCUAGUGGGCAGAUGCCCUUCGAGUGCACCGCGGCUUCCGCAACCGACUCCGUGCUGUGCUUGCCAGCUCUUUGGGCUGAGUGGACGCAUCGCGGACGCCUGACGGCGAACUAUGGCCUCUGUUACUACAACGGAGUCGACUGCGAACAGUUCUGCUCCCUUGCCAUCAACUUCGGGGGUGUUCUGUGCCACUACCUCAA